CCCCCCCCCCGCCUGAUCUCCGCCGCCAGAUUCCCUCUCCGACCGCCGAGAUCUCCUCUUUACUCCCCUGCUCUCCGCUUGCGCCACUCCCCUCUCCGUCGAUCUCCCGGCCGCCACCCGCCCGAUCGGAAUUCUCUCAGAUUCUCUUCAAUUUCCCUCGCUGAUGCUGGGUUUGAUGGUUUCUAGCGGGAGCGAGAUCUCCUGAUCGAAUUCGUUGGCCUUUUGGUUCGAUUUCUUGGUUGCUGGUUUUUGGAUUUGUCGGCUCCGAUGGAGCAAGGCAUUAAAUCCGCCGCACCCGUACCGUCCGAUUUCCCUCUGAAGAAGCUCGCCCGGCAGCUGGAUUUCACCGCGGCUCACUGUGGAGCGCCUGGAGCGGGGGGACCCGUGGCCCUCGAGCAGCCGUCGCCGGUGCCGCUGCCGGUGUCUCGCCACUCGAUUCAAGCGUCCGUGAAGCCAGAGUCCCCAAGAUCAAGGCCGCUGCCAAUAUUUGAAGCUAAAGAUGGUACUCCAAAGAAACAGAAGCAAUGCAAUUGUAAAAACUCAAGAUGCUUGAAGCUAUAUUGUGAGUGUUUUGCAUCUGGGUUAUAUUGUGAUGGUUGCAACUGUGUAAAUUGCUGUAACAACGUUGAGAAUGAAGCUGCUAGGCAGGAAGCUGUUGAAGCCACUUUAGAGCGCAAUCCAAAUGCCUUUAGGCCUAAGAUCGACAACAGUCCACAUGCUAACCGGGAUAAUAGGGAAGAGACAGGAGAUCUACCUUUGGUGGGAAAACAUAAUAAAGGAUGCCACUGCAAGAAGUCAGGGUGCCUCAAAAAGUACUGCGAGUGCUUCCAGGCCAACAUUCUUUGCUCUGACAACUGUAAAUGUAUGGACUGCAAAAAUUACGAAGGAAGUGAAGAGAGGCGAGCUCUUUUUCAUAGUGACCUGGGAAACUCCCAUUCGUACCUCCAGCAGGCCGCCAAUGCUGCAUUAAAUGGGGCAAUUGGAUCCUCUGGUUUUGGAUCUCCACCAGCAUUUAAAAAGAGAAAAAGUCAGGAGCUCUUUCUUCCACCAACGGUAAAGGAUCAAUCUCUUCUCAGGCUCGGACAAUUCCCACAGGCUAAUCAUAUGAAGACAGCUGGACCUGCUUUGUCUUUUACUUCCAGCCCAGUUGCUCAUUCUAUUAAUCCUAAUCCACUAGGAUCUUCUAAAGUCACAUACAGGUCUCCUCUAGCAGAAGUUGUCCAGCCAGAGGAUGUGAAGGAGCUUAGCAAGUUCUUGGUCAUAGUAUCAAGUGAAGUUGCAAGGACAUUUGCUGAUCAAAAAGCUCAUGAGGAAAAGCCAACAGAGAGGGAAGACCAAACAGAUUGCUCCCUUGCCUCAUCAAACCAAGACAGCGAUGAGAAACAGAGGGAGCCAGGUAUUCUAAACGCAUCAGUGGAUGACCAUUCAAAUGGAACUGAUGUGGACAAGGCAAAUAUGGAGGACUCUGGGUCUGACCAUGUUGAUGAGCCUAAAGGUGGUAGGCCUAUGUCACCUGGGACGCUGGCAUUAAUGUGUGAUGAACAAGACACAAUGUUCAUGACAUCCCAGAACAAUAGCACAUCUUCUAUGUUUUUGUCCAACCAGAAUGUAUCAGAUGUCUAUGUGGAGCAAGAGAGGCAUGUGUUGAUGGGACUCCGAGACUGUCUCCAAAGGCUCAUCACAUGUGGAAAGAUGAAAGAAGUACAGUGCUCAUCAAUGGCCAUGAAAUUUGGAACUACCAAUCACCAGGAUUCGGUAAGCAAGGUUCCCAUGCCAAAUAGUGCAGAUGCAAAUCGAUCUAUGAACUCAGUCCCUACUUCUGCAAGUAGUUCUCUGACUCCAAAAGCCGGAAACCAUUCUAUAGCAAAUGGCGACAGAAAAACCAAGACUGAGAAUUCAUACAUGUAGAAAACAAAAAGAAAGGAAAAGAAAUUUCACAGGAAACUGCUGGAACCUGGUGUAAUUUUCUCCAGUAGAUGCUGUGGGAAGCUUACUGUCAAUUGCUAUUUUUUGAAACCCCAUCGUUUAUUAAAGAAUAGAUUAAGCCCUGCCAGCACGGUUAUCUCUUUUCCUACUA